UUUAAGAAACCGAAGUGAUACUUUUGGUUUCUUCAACAUAUUUCCUCUUUAACUUCUGCAUUUAUCACUUCCCGACUUUUUAAAGUAAAACAGUGUAUAAAUAGAGGAUGACUGUCCUCGCACUCUCUAUUUGUAAUCCCUCUGUAAACUGACCUGCUAUUCAUUGAAACAUGGAAGAAAACUAUAGCCACACUGAAAUAAUUCUCUCUGAUCUGGACCAUAAGAAUGAGGAAUUCUUCUCAGAAACCCCUUCGUGGGCCAGGGAGAAGAGUACCAUUGUCACCCACAGAAUGACCCGGCUCCUGCUGGCCGUGCUCUGCCUCAUCCUGCUGUGUGGGCUCACUGCUCUUGGAGUCCUCUAUGUUGAGAAAAGCAACAUGCUGGGCUCCCUGAAGGCCCAGAAUUCCUCCGCCUCCUUGUUCUCAUUGGAACCACAAAUGGCAGAGAAACAUACAAAAAUGUCAGAUUUUCUAAAGGCUCAAAACAGGAAUCUCUCUGCCUCCCUGGCCUCUGUACUACAGAAACUAGCGGAGAAAAACAGCAUUGUAGAUUCCCUGGAGGCUCAGAACAGGAACAUCACUGUGUCUCUUUCUUCUGUGGAACAAAAACUAACCAAGGAAAUUAGCGUUUCAAAUUCCCUGGAGGACCAGAACAGGAACCUCUCUGCCUCACUGUCCUCUCUGCAACAGAAGCUGGCAGAGGAAAUUAGCGUUGCAAAUUCCCUGGAGGACCAGAACAGGAACCUCUCUGCCUCACUCUCCUCUCUGCAACAGGAGCUAGCAGAGGAAAUUAGCGUUGCAAAUUCCCUGGAGGACCAGAACAGGAACCUCUCUGCCUCACUCUCCUCUCUGCAACAGGAGCUAGCAGAAGCUGAGAAACAGUUGCAUGAACUGCAGACCAAUCACAGCGAUCUACUGAAAACUCUUUUGUCUUACAAAGAAAGCAGAGGCUACAGAGAGUGUGACAGUGGCUGGAGGAAGUACAUGGGGCAGUGCUACUUUUUCUCCACUCAGAAAUUGAACUGGAUGCAAAGUUGUGAUUUUUGCAUGUCAAAGGGGGCUAAACUGGUAAUUAUCGACUUGGAGCAGGAACAGACAUUUGUGUCAUCCAUCAUUAGUGAGUCACACUGGAUUGGGCUGAGUGAUCUGAGAACUGAAGGACAGUGGCACUGGGUGGAUGAUGUACCUCUCAGUCAGACAAAACAUCAGUUUUGGUACACAAGGCCAAAUGGAAAGCACGAGCCGGAUAACUGGACUGGGGGCGGAGAUUCAAAUGGAGAGGACUGUGCAGCCAUUGGUGACAAGAGUGGAGCAUUUGACAAAUGGUUUGAUGCAUCAUGCACUGAACAAAAAAGAUUUGUGUGUGAAAAGUGACUUUCACAUACUACUGAGCAAUGGAGACGGAUAUGCCUACAGAUUUACGUACACCAGUUAUAGGCUAGUAGGAAACAUAUGGUAAAGACCGUUUCUCAUUUUGCUGUCAGCAUUGUAUCAGUGCUUAUCCUUGUGAUCAAAGUUCUUGGCCCAAAGACCAAUGGCUUUUCCUCUGGUAGUUGAAAGCUUAGUACCCAUUUGCAAUGAUAAUGGUUUGCUUUGUAGAAAUAUUUGCAGCCCAAAUAGUAAGUAUAACCGAUGAUUACUUUUUUGUAUAAAUGUAAAAGGUAUUCCAGGAAAGAUUAGACAUUUUGGGAGGUGAUUUUCCAAAACAUAACUGGCAUUUGGACUCCAUUUGAGGAUGAUCAUAUAAUUGUGGUGACUUUCAAAAGUGAUGAAACACUGAUUAGGCUCCUUUACCACUCGUGCACACGGCUCUGAAAACGGGCACAUACAGGGAAUUAAAUACAUGAAGCAUAAACACAACUGAUAUCACAAUUAAGUGUUCAGAACACCACCUUAUAUGCUUCCCUAUUCUGCUGUGUCUGGAUCACAUGAGAGAAAGAUGUCAUUUGUCAAUUGCUUCACCACUAAAGACAUAGAUAAUGCCAAUAUAACAUUCAGGAAAUGCAUGACUUAAAAAAAAACAAACAAAACAACCAAUAUUUAGACUUCAGAGAUUUUUAGAAACAUAACCCGAAGUCAUGCAUUAACUUACAUGUUACUGUACCAGUGACCAUGGCUUGGAACAUGUGUGACAGGACAGGGCAUAAUGGCUUGUCGCAAUAGCAAAUGUACAGUAGAUACAUUAUUUGCUAACAGUAAUAAUAUUUACUGCGUAAUAUUUAUUUUUGAUUUAUUCCCAAUUGACUGCAUAGAGACAGAUCUGCCAGAGAAUUAUGUGAAUGUGAUACAUUAGAAAGGUACAAAUGCAAUCAUACUGUAACUUCUGCACUUCAGAUUAGCCUGGAGUUAACUUAUUUUUAUCAUAACUAUUAUUGUACAUCUAACAACCUGUGAAGCUUUCCAUACAAAUUAUCCUGCUAUUCCUGCCUUUUACAACUGUGGACAGAUGCCUAUCAAGUGAUGAACAGCUUAGUGCACACUACACAGGUGUAAAACAACUUAUUUACAGAGAGCUGUUGGGGAAAAAUUCAUCAGAGCUGGACAAAAGGCCAGACUUGGGAUAGGCAGUUGUACCUGCAUGCUUUUUCUGGUAUGUCCUUUCAUACACUUAUAUAAACUGAAUUAUCGGCACUUGUGCA